AUGGCUGUUCGAUCUCUCGCCGCGACUCUCCUCCUGGCCGCCUCGGCCCUGGCCAAGACUGACCUUGCCGGCUGCACUUACACCGACACCGUCGUCCAGCCCAGCGGCCUGCCCGGCUACGACGCCUAUGCCAGCCGCAUCUGGUAUGUUCCCGGCACCGGCGAGCUCUGCGACUUCCUCGACUGCGGCGGUGGUCGCGCCCCCCCUAAGACUGAUGUCCCUGGAUGUCCGCUUUACUCGGGCACCGCCACCUACUCGCCCAGCUACCUCGACCUCAAGACCAAGGCCGUGGAUGCUGCCGCCACCUCCUCCGCCGAGGCCUCUGCCACCGGUGCUGAGACCCAGGUGAUCGUUAAGGCCACCACCGCUGAGGCCACGACUCUGGCUACCUCUGUUGCCGUUUCCCAGUCUGCCUCUGCUGCCGUCACCACUGCUGCUCCCGUCGUCUCCAGCGGCUCGUCCACGGCCACUGCCUCCAGGGGCCUUUCCACCGGCACUCCUGGCCACAACGGCAACGGCACCUCCUCUGGCGCUCACCCCACCAGCUCUGUUCCCGCCAACGGUGCUGCUCCCAACGCUGCUGGCAUUGUCGGAUCCGUCCUGGCUGCUGGUGUCGUCGCUGUCGUUGCUCUGCUGUAA